AAUUUAAUUAGUCAAUUGUUAACAGUAAAUAUUUUUUUCAUUACUUUUCCGAUGUUCAAUAACUGUGGUGACUAUAUUUUAAAUGAAGAGACAAUCGAUUUUAAAGUUCGUAUAUGUAAAAACAAAAAAAUAAUAACUGUGUCCGAAAUAAAGUUGUAUACAUUUGGUGAAGAUUUAGUUAUCACAGGUAGAUACUUAUUGGAAAUUAUAAUUUAUAAAAUUAAAUUAUUUACCCUGGAUUUUAUUAAAAUGUACAUAGAUUUGGAAAACUCCUUUUAAGGGGCCUCUAUAGCACCGUUUUAUUUUGGUCAAAAACAACUUAUUAUAAUUUAAUCAAAAUUUCAAAAUGCGUAAUUAGACAAAAAUUAUUUUGAAAACAUUAUCGAUUUUUCAAUGCUUGCUUGAUGUAUUGAUCGAGGUACAUUUUUAAUUUUUCAAUCUAAUCAGAAUUUAAAAUUGUAUGAAGUAUUUUUCGAUACUUCAUUAUUUUUGCCCGAAAUUCAUAUAGAGUGAAAACCAUUUUCCAUCUUCUUUGAAAACAUAAAAUAUUAUUAUUGUAAUAUUAUCGUAAAUAUAUGGAAAAUUUCAAAUUGAUCAGGCUAUGGAAAACGGGUUUAAAAUCGAUUACAAGUUGUAAACUUUUCCUUCGCCAGUAAGUUAAUAUAAAAAUGAAUCUACAACAAUGGAAUAAAUACAUUUAUCCUUUUUAACAAUUAAAUACGAAUUUUAAAAAUAUUUUUUUAGUACGCCUGUACAUAGCAUAGGUACAUUCCUUUAAAAUUUCAAAUAAAUCGGUAUGGUAGAUUUGAUUGAGCGUUGUGUAGUCAGUCAGGACACGUGCGAUUAUACAAAAUAUAGAUUUUGUUGUAUCUAUUGUAAAUAUUGUUUUAAAACGUUUAAAGUACUCUAUAGAAUAUGCUUUAAUACCUAUUUAUAUUAAAUAUUGAUUAAUAUUAUUUUAUCAAUAGAAGAAUUACAGGAAUCAAAUUAUAGUUCAGAAACGACAAAAACAGUUGAUAAAAAUGCAAAUACGUAUGUUUUGUUUUCAAUAUUAUAAGUUCUUAAAACAAUAUUAUGUUAUAUUACAUUAUAUGAAAAACAGUUUCAAUGUUAAUAUUACCCAAAACCAAUCCCAAACGGUUGGGAUGAAUGCGAAGGAGAAGAAGAAUACCCAAAGUAAAAUUUUUGAUUUUGGAACACCAAUUAAUAAUGGUAAGAAUUUAAUACUAUUUAUUAAUACCUAAAUAUGAAUAACAUUUCACUUUAAUAAUUUUGAUAUACUCACCAUUUAUAAUAAUGGUUAUACAUAGGCACAUAGUGCAAUAAACUUAAAAAUAAAAUUAAGUUUUUAUAUUUAUAACAAUUAACAUCUCAAGCAUAGCUGGAUGUUAAUUAGGCAGAAUAUAAAAUAUGAUGAAUAUUAUAAUAACAAAAUAUAUAUAACAUUUAUACAUAAAUUAUUAUGUAAUGUAUAUAUAUAUAUAUAUAUAUAUAUAUAUAUAUAUAUACAUAACAUAUAAUAUAUACCUAUACUAUAUAGUAUAUACCAAUAUUUUGUUUCGCCUCCAGACUUAUUUAAUGUUAUACAGUCCGAUUCUGAAGUCAUGUAAAUUGUAAUAGAAGCUUAUAUUUUAUAGCUUAAAGUUUAAAAUCCUGGUACCAUUUAAGCAUUUUAUUACAAUGUAUGUAUAUAUGAUAUAUAACGAUACCUGCUAUUGUAUUUUGUUGUGAAGUCUCUAUUUACUAACAGCUCUAAAUAGAAUAUAUCGUUCUACAUCAUUGAUUCUAUGUGUUUAUAUCAUCUAAUAAUAGUAUUUGGAGACAAAUAUUCUAAUAAACUAUAAACAGUACGAGUUUUAUAUACCUAAUAUAAUUGUCUAUUAAACAAUUAAACUAUUCAUUUUAUACUAUUAUGCACUCUAAAAUCAUAUUUAAAAUUUAAAAGUUUUGGUGUAUUCAAAAAUCAAUGAUUAACCUCAUAAAUUAACAAGUAUAUAACAUAUAUCUGUGGUUUACGAGAUCUGGCUAUUAAAUAACGAGACUGCUUAUGAAAAAUAGUUUUAUUUUAAAAAUUAUUCCACAACCGAAUGUUCCCCUUCAUUAUACUCUCCUCCCCUCUUCACACACAUUCGUUUCUUCCAUUGCUCGAGGCAGUGCUGGAAGUCUGUUUUCGUAAGACCAUUCAGGAGUUCCGCCGAUUUUUGUUUCACCUCUUCCAUCGACUCAAACCGGAUUCCUUUUAAGGCAGACUUUAUCUUCGGAAACAAGUAAAAGUCGCAGNCAGCGCGUUAUGGGCAGGUGCGUUAUCCUGGUGCAAGAUCCACGACUUGUUUUUCCACAAUAUCAACCGUUUCUUACGAACUCAUUCGCGCAAUGUUGCCAAAACUGUCAAAUAGUAAUGUUGGUUCACAGUUUGACCCUCUGGAACCCAUUCAGUCAUCACGAUGCCGUUGAUAUCGAAGAAAACGAUCAGCAUGAUUUUGAAUUUGGAUUAUGACUGAAUUGGAUUCCGGUGCACUCUCGACCUUUAGAAAAUAAUUUAUGCCACUCAAAAAUACGCGCUCGAGGUAGGAAAUUCUCACUAUAGGCCUCUUUUAACAACUUAUAGCACUCAAUUGGAGUUUUUUUUAGUUUAAUGAGAAAAUUUUACGUUUAUCCGUUGCUCAUGUUUUUAGUCACACAUCGUUUUCGGCAAGAGAAAAAAACAUGUUCGUUUUUAAACGCUACAGAAAAAAUACUAAUGCACCAACAAAAACUUUAUUUUGUACUGGCGUAAUAGACACUGCAAGCUAACCAGCGCUGUAUUCGGUUUUCCCCUAACCUUUUUGGGACGCUUUCUGCGCGCGCAGUCUCGUUCUUUAAUAGCCAAACCUCGUAGUACAAGAAGGGUCAAUAUAGAAAAAAUGUAUUACAAUUAUUAUGAACUCUACGUUAGAUUUUUGAAAAUAAAUAAAUUUUUUCAACUUCCAAUAGAAAUAAAAUAAAAUAAUAAUUGUAUAUAUAUUUGUAUUUUAUUAUAGAUUCAGGGUUUUUAAAAUCAAUACUAGUGGGAAUUAACGAGACUAUAUCGCAGUUUACACACAUCAACAUUGAAAGUAAUCCUAAAUUUUUCGAGAAAGAUUGUAUAUUCGUUAAUAUAAUAAAUUCAUCAGAUUAUAAUAUUGUGUUUAGAGCAUAUGCGCCUGAAAACUUUGUAUAUUUUAGAGUUUUAUAUAAUGUUACACGUGAUUAUGAAAAUUCAUUUCAAAAUUCUACUCUAACAAAAGUAAAAAAUCCUGAGAAAAGUGGUGCUAUGUUUUUUUUUACUGACGAUUUGAAAUUUAUUAUUAAAACUCUAAAUGAACAAGAAGUGGAAGUAUUGAGUUCAAUGCUUUCUGAUUACUUUUCUCAUUUUUGUGAAUAUCCAAACACGUUACUACCGACUAUCUCUGGUUUAUAUAAUUUAAAAUAUAAAUCUAAGAAUUAUUAUUUUAUUGUCAUGUCCAAUAUAUAUCCUUAUGACCUAAUAUACGGAAUAAUCCAAAAAUAUGAUCUUAAAGGUGUUAACAGGAGAGCUAAUGAAGACAUCAAUAGUAAGGACAAAAGCAUGUUUCGUCUUUUAGAUCAAGAUUUUGUAAAAAAUUACCCAGGUGGUCUAAUAUUACCACAUAACGUAUACACAGAUCUCAAAAUAAUUCAAAAAAAUGAUUGCGAGCUAUUAAAGAGAUUUGACAUAAUGGAUUAUAGCUUAUUAAUUGUUAUCGAACCAUUUAAAUACAGGAUGGAUAAAAAUAAUACUGAUGUCAAUGAUAUUAAUUACACAAAUUAUAGAAAAGGCAUUAGAGCUACGACAUAUGAUAAUAAAGAUUUGUUAAUAUACAUCGGAAUUAUUGAUACCUUGCAAAAAUAUACGCUUGGUAGGAAAAUUGAAACUUUGGCUGUGGGGAUUUUACCUUGUAUAGGACUGUCAUUUGAAGGAUGUAUAGUGAAUCCAGAUGACUAUAUGGAACGAUACUUGCAAUUUAUUACCAAGUACGUCAUAUUUUAUAAAUAUUUCUAACUUUUUUUUUAAAAUAAUUAAAUUAUUUUUAUUUUUAGUAUAGUAUUUAAAUCAGGAAAAUAAGGGAAUGUUAAAAAUACAACUAUUGACAGCAAUAUUCUUUGUUUACAAGUGCUGUAAUUGAAAAAUAUGAGAUCGUUUUAUUGCAUUACACAACGGUAUUCAUCAAAAGGAUAAUUUUACCGUACAAGAUGUAAUAUUUAAAUAAUUUUAUAAUUAUAUUCGUGUGUAACGUAGGUAAAAUAAUUAAUAUAAAACAAUAAACAAUACCU